CAAUGACGUCACAAGGUGAAUCUCCGAAUUAAAAAUAGUAGCUACGGAAGGUAGCUCUACAAGAUGGCGGAACACAAGAAGUUUCUUGAGGAAUUGCUUCGAAGACCAGGAAACGGCGUUUGUGCAGACUGUGGCAAAGAAAAUCCAGAGUGGGCAUCUUGUAACAUAGGUGCAUUUAUUUGUUUGGAUUGUUCGGGGGUACAUCGAGGAUUUGGUACAGAUGUGAGUCGAGUGAAGUCUAUCAGACUGGAUAUCUGGGAUGGGGACCAAGUUCAGGUGAUGGCAGACAAGGGCAACACAAUAGUGAAUGAAGAGUAUGAAAAGUUCAUUCCUCCCUACUACAGAAAGCCGCAUCAUAAUGACGUGGAAGUAUUAAAAUCAGAAUUCAUCAAAGCCAAAUACAGUAGGUUAGAAUUCAAAACCCCAGAUGUUCCCACGGGAUACAACUGUCCCGUAAAAGAGGGCAUCAUGUGGAAAAAAGGGAGGGAUGAUAGGAAAUUUCAGAAGAGGAAAUUCAUCUUAUCAAGGGAAAACAAUACAUUGUCUUACUUUGCAAAGGAAAAUAGUAAAAAAGAUGAGAAACCCAAAGCUGAGAUCAAUCUAGAUGACCUUAAUAUAGUUUUUGUCCCAGAUAAAAUUGGGAACCCUAAUGGCAUGCAGAUCACUUACUUUGCUAAAGGAUCUACGAGGAACCUAUUUGUAUAUACAGAUGAUCCUAAGGAUGCUGUAGACUGGUAUAAUGCUAUCCGAGCAGCCAAACUGGAGAGGAAGAAAGUGGCUUUCCCUGAUAGGGAAGAGGCAGAUUUAGCAGAAGAACUCACCAGAGAUUUUAUUCUAGAGGGCUGGUUAAAGAAAAUGGGCCCCAGAAAUGAGCCUUUCAAAAAACGAUUUUUUACACUGGAUAAAAGGAAACUUAUGUAUUUAGAAGAACCUCUGCAUCCUUAUCCAAAAGGAGAGGUGUUUAUUGGGCAUCGAGAUGGGGAUUUCUCUGUGAGUAUGGGCUGCAGUGAUAACUGUAAUACCCAGGGUUACGUGUUUACCCUCCACACGCCAGAACGAGACUUUAUUCUUAGUGCCGAGACACGUGAGGAUAUGAAUCAGUGGAUUUGUGCAUUACAACGAGUUACAGAGCUGCCCAUGACACCACAGGACAAUAGAUACACUCAGAUCUAUCGUAAAUAAAGUGGCCAGUCUUUUGGUUCCAAAGAGGUCGGAGUCCUUCAGACUUUCUGUACUAAGGACGUGACAGAUUUAGUCGUCAGGGUGUUUUGUCUGUGUGACAUUGAGUGAUAACCAAUGGUGCAAUUCUGGUUGGAGUCUGUGUGUGUGUGUGUGAAGACUGUUGUAAUUUUUUUUUCUGUUUUUUCAACUUUGUUUGAACUGACGCAAGGAUAAUGUUACAAAUUUUUUUUUGUUAUUAAUUAUACACAAUACAUAAUAUAUACUAAUUCAGAGAAUGUCUGUUAGUGCAAUGAAAUAAGGGUUGUUCAAUGAAAGAAGAAAGAUGUUGCAGUAUUGAAAAUAUCUAAAACAUUCAAAUGCUCUUCAUGCCUAUCCUGUCAUGUUGUAUUUGGUCAGUCUGUUUAUCAGUUCACAACUUUUUGAACAAGUAUGCAAAAUACAGGGUUAUAUAAAUAAUUACCUUUUUUAUACCAAAGAAACUUUAAGAUGCAUCUUUAAUGAUACAAUUAUGUGGUUUUCAGAUCUGUUGUCAAUAUAAAUAUGCCACUAUAAAAGAAACUAUGUUUUAGAAUUGGGUAAUGAAUUGUUACAAUUGUUGUGGAGUGACCAUUAAUGUUUAUAACUGUUCCAUAGUGUAGAGGGAAUAAUAUUUUGCCUGUACUUAUUUUUCUGCCUGUAUUUGAAAUUUCACCUUCCUGAUAAUUUUACAAGUACAAUAAAGAUGAUGAAAGUGAACUCCAGUAUGGAAAGAAAAUUUAGACCCGCUCAUUCCUACAUGCAUGAUUGUAUAUAUACCUGGGCAGCAUAUUCAACAAUGAAACAAAAAUUAAAUGGCAGAAUGAUGCAUUUAGUCUUUUGUUAAUUAAGAUGCCUGUAUUUGUAAAAUGUCUGAGAUGAUUCUUGGGUGGAGAUACAGAAGUGUUUAAGUGUAAAUUAUAAGUACUAUGUGCAUGUAGUAAAUCUAGCAAUUUACAUCUUCUAGGGACUUCCUGGUUCAAAGUCAUUGCAUGCAUCAAGUACAUGUAUCUGUUAAAACUGAAGGCUUCACGUUUUAUUUUUGGAAAAAAUCGCCAUAUCCUGUACUUUGAUUUUUUUUCUGGAAAAUUUGAAGGAUGAUUAAUUUCUCUGUAUAAUUUUUUGAAAAAAAAAAUCACUUGUCUUCUUUAACAAAUAUGCCAAUAUACUGAUAUGUCAAAAUUGAAUCCAUACUAAAGUUUUUUUUAUAACAGUAUGUGUAUUCUGGUAUAAAAUAAAUCAAUCAAAACUGUGCUAAACAAUAAAUGUAUAUAAUCCUUCUUUCCCAAUCUUUAGCCCUUUCCACACUUGUUGCAAAUGCUAAUAUCUAUUUUUAGACUGUUUUAUGUUAUUGUUCAUGUUAUCAAGUAUUCCAUCGUUGUGCAUUCCAUGUUUUGUUAUCAUUUAGUACAGUGUACAUGUAUUUUAUGCCUAGUGAUGCUUAUUUAUUAUGCUGAAUCUUGAUUGCAAUAAUAGUUUACUGGUAUCUUUGCUAGCCUUGUUUGAAUUCAUUUGUGUAUUGUACAUAUUAUAUAUAAUAAUAAAUAUGUAUUGAAAGCAUUAUCUAAGAUAUAUUUUCAACUGUUAUAGACAUAUAAAGAAGAACACAAGUAUGUAUUAAGCAGCCCCCUUUUUAGCUCACCUGAGCCAAAGGCUCAAGUGAGCUUUUCUGAUCACAUUUUGUCCGGCGUCCGUCUGUCCGUCUGUCUGUCCGUCUGUCUGUCUGUCUGUAAACUUUUCACAUUUUCGACUUCUUCUCAAGAACCGCUGGGCCAAUUUCAACCAAACUUGGUACAAAGUAUCCUUGGGGGAAGGGGAUUCAAGUUUGUUCAAAUGAAGGGCCACGCCCUCAUUCAAGGGGAGAUAAUUGGGAAUUAAUGAAAAUUUGGUGGCAUAUUUUAAAAAUCUUCUUCUCAAGAACCACUGUGCCAGGAAAAAUGAAACUUAUGGGGAAACAUCCUCAGGUAGUGUAGAUUCAAGUUUGUUCAAAUCAUGACCCCCGGGGGUAGGGCGGGGCCAAAAUGGCCGACCAAAGUUUAACAUAGAAAUAUAUAGGAAAAUUCUUAAAAAAUCUUCUUCUCAAGAAUGACAAAGCCAUAA